UGUGUUAAGUUUGACAAUUACCAAUUUUCCCGGACGAUGGCUUUUUUUGGUAACGCAGAUAACCAAUACUAGUCACGAAUGUGUCAGGACUCCUGAUAGAGAGCAAAAUGCAUCAUAUAAUACAAACUUUUAGUGCUCCUUUUAAUUUGUGCAUACAAAAAACUGGAUAUUAGCAUAACGUUUAGCUAAAAUGUGCGAGAAGAACAAGCUAACAAGCUAGCGGUGGUGACGGUAUUUUGGUUUACUGAUGUUAAAUAGUCCGCAUCUGGCUGAGCUGGAUAGUCUGAAUGGCUCAGCAGCCAAGCUAACGAUGGCCAUAGGGUUAUUGUUUGAAUUUGUAAUGAGUAUUUCUCGAGAAAGAUUUAAAGAUGAAUGAAUGAAGAGGCAUGGGAAGUAACGGGCAUGGAAUUUCCAGCACGGGAUCUUUGGGUUAUUUACAACCGGAUACCCAUAGUAGAGGAUUAGCUUGUUUUCUCCGCGGAAUGACGACAUUUGCUGCGUUCAGCUGCCACAGACAACACGGGUGUCGGUGAUGCUAUCUGUCGCUGGCCAAAUGCCCCGAUUGUCGGAAUUGGGACACAGCAACCAAACUUCAUUAUAAAUCAUGAAAAACUGUGAGUAUCAGCAAAUCGACCCGCAGGCACUUCCGACACCCACCCCGACCCCCCCACCUCAUCAUGGAAACGACAGUGACAAGAAAGAGGAGCCGAAGAGACCGAGGAGAAAGUGGGAAGUUUUCCCCGGAAAGAAUCGCUUCUACUGCGAGGGACGGAUCAUUGUGGCCCGACAGAGUGGGGUCCUGCCUCUCACUCUGGGCCUUAUUCUCGUCACAAGUGGAUUAUUCUUUAUAUUUGACUGUCCCUUCCUGGUCAAACACCUGACCAGCUGCAUACCUGUUAUUGGAGGAGUCCUCUUUGUAUUUGUGGUCAUCACCCUGCUCCAGACCAGCUUCACCGACCCCGGCAUCCUUCCCAGAGCGACCCCAGACGAGGCCGCAGACAUUGAGAAACAGAUUGACAACACUGGAAACACUAGCUAUCGGCCUCCGCCACGCACAAAGGAAGUCCUGAUCAACCAGCAGGUGGUCAAGCUCAAGUACUGCUUCACCUGCAAGAUGUUCCGGCCUCCACGCACCUCCCACUGCAGCCUGUGUGACAACUGUGUGGAGCGAUUCGACCAUCACUGCCCCUGGGUGGGGAACUGCGUUGGGAAACGCAACUACCGCUUCUUCUACACCUUCAUCGUGUCGCUCUCUUUCCUGACGGCGUUCAUUUUUGGCUGUGUGACCACACACCUAGCACUGAGGGCUCAAGGUGGGAAAGGCCUGGUGUUUGCUCUGCAGGAGAGUCCGGGCAGUGCAGUGGAGCUGGUGAUAUGUUUCUUCUCAGUCUGGUCCAUCUUGGGCCUCUCAGGCUUCCAUACAUACUUAGUCGCUUCCAACCUGACCACUAAUGAAGACAUUAAAGGCUCCUGGUCAGGGAAGAGUGGAGAAGAUGUCACUAACCCAUACAGUCAUAAAAACAUCUUUAUCAACUGUUGCUCUGUGCUCUGUGGGCCCAUGCCGCCCAGCUUGAUCGACAGACGAGGUUUCCUGCCCACAGAUGACUCUGCCCAGACAGGCGGCACGGACAUCGAGGUGCCAACUCUGGCCACUAAAAGCGAGAUAAAUGUGUGCACACAGGGAACUAAAGGUCUGCUGGAGUCAGCCACUCUCCCUCCACUCCUGUCCACCUCGUGCCCUCAGGGGAAACCUCAGACAGCUCAUACCUGCCCUGACAGCAGCCCCGCUGUGAACUCUGACCCCUCGCCAGAGCUCUCCAUGGGCUGCGGAGCCCGCCAUGCCGCCAGCUCCCAAGGUGAUGCUUCUCCUUCACGUCACACCAAGGCCUGCUCAAAGAAAAGUAAACGAGCGGCUUUACAUAUUCCUAAUACCGCCUUUGACAUCCCCGUUUCCCCUACCUCUCCAGAUGCUGCCAGCUUCGCCCCUUUGCACUGACUGACCUCAGUGAUGACUUUCUCAAGUGAAAACACAUUGUUUGAAGCUUGCAUGCUGUAAAACAAAGUAUGAAUUCACUUUUUUCUUUUAUUGUCUGCUUGUUCUCUCAAAGUCCUUGGUAAAGUCUUUGAAUAAGGGGAUGACAGUCACAAAGAAGUGUUAUUUUGUGUGAUCAAUCUAGUGGAGAUUACUCUGGCUGUAAAGAUUGCAAAUCAGCCUGUAGUAUAGAAUGGAAAGCACAUAAAAAGAUGAAAUGUUCAAGAUGGAGGCACUGGUGUACUGAUGGAGCCAUAUGUCUUUCAAAUGAUUCUCAUGUAAAACAUGAACUUUACCAGCAUGUCAAACCCACUAAAUUUUGUGAAACAGUGGCUUUGAUGUAUCAGGCGUACAAACUGUGGGAGCUUGAAAAGCUUUGUACGGAGGGUUAAAGCUCAGAAUCUGUAUGUAUCUGUAAAGAGAAAAGUUGUUCUUAAAGGGAAAGUCCACCCCAAAUACAGAAUUCACAGAUGUGAUUUCCACAUUAUUGUGCAGCUCAGUUUAUGGUGUGAAUUUGAGCCAGUUUCUCCUUAAGUUAAACAGCAGAGAGACAGGACCGAUGAUAUCAUGUUGAGAUAUAGAGGAGGUGAAUAAUGGAACAAGUCAUGAGGUUCGGACAGAAGCCAUGGAGCAUUUUCAGGCCCUUUAUUAAUUUCAUAUCUGAAUGCUCUGGAGUUCAGUCCAGCCCCUAUUGAUGUACAGAUGGGUGACAAAUUAAAGGAAAACCAACAUGAAUUGUUUUAAAAAAAGAACAUGUUCAGUAUUCCUUGAUAUAGGUGCUCCAACUCUGUGGAACCCUACUGUGGUGGUGAACACCAUUCUUCCAAAAGAUAUUCCCUCAUCUAAUGUUUUGAUGAUUCUUGUGGAGAAUCGCUAACUUCCAGGAACCCUUUAUUUACUGCAUUGUAACUAGUUUGUGGUGAUUUGAUUAGCUGCAACUUUGUUUGCACUAGAGCAUGAUAUCAACAGGCAUGAUUUGGGCAUUGUAGGAUCCACUAUGCGAAAUGCUUGUCAGAUUGUUGAACCAUGUCUGAAACCCACUUCCCCUGCACCUUACUGACGUAGGAAUCAGGUUGGGGUUACAGCCAACAGUAACAGCAACUUUCCAAAACCAACAAUCUGACAAGCAAUUAAGUAUUUAUAAAUCAAAACACUGUAAACUAAUUAACACACAGCAAAUCUGAAGACAGAUAGGAGUUUGGCACUGGAGCACUUGAAGUGCAUUUAAAAACAACAUACAUGCAAAACACAGACAGUAAGGGGACUGGGGAGGACCACAGCUAAUUUCUGCCCCCUGGACUUCUAGCAGAUUAAUCUGGGCCUGGGCGAAGAGCACUGUCUCACAUCUUGUUCCAAAAUCUCUCAUAGAUGUUCAGUUGAUUUGAGAUCUGGUGACUGUAAAGGCCAUAGCAUAUGAUUUACUUGAUUUUCAAACAGUGUGAAUCUUGUUUUUGUGUGGAGUUUUCCUUUGAAUUUGCACAAACAGCACGGUGGAUUCAGUGUGUAGUUGUAUUGGUGUGUACAGUUGUUCAGAUUUCUGUGCUGUAAAAAUGGCAGUGAAUGAACCUGCAUGAUAACGACUACAGAUGUACUUUAUGGUAUUUUUUGUUUAUUUAAAUCCAUUCAAACAUCACAUCACACACCGCAGAGGUCCUCCACCAUCUUCAUAGAGGAGAGCUGUGUUUUGGAUUCAUGAGUAUAGUUGUGUACCUGAACUAAAGCAGUAUUAUUCAUUCCUGCUUGUGUUAUCACGAUUAUCACACAGUAAUUUAAAGCCCCCUUUCAAAUUCACUUCCUGCUCACAUUUUGUCUCAGCAACAGCAAUACCUGCUCUCUCCCCCUUAAAAUUGUUUUGCCUUGUGCGCUCUGACAAAUCUAAAAGAUGUGUGUGAGUGGUGGAUGUGUUAGUUUGUUCUCAGGUGGAGAGCUGUGUGGGUUAGGUAUUCAAUAUGCAAGUUCUAUGUAACAUACACCAUGUUAAUCCACAUUGUAACCUGAUGGCAAUAGCUGCACAAAAAUGCAAUGAUCUGAAUCAUCCCUGUGCACUAAAAUGUAGGCAUGCACACACACACACACACACUGUUCGUCUGUAGUUCACCUAAAGAGUGUUUACACUGAGUAGAGAAGUGUCACUUCAUGUGCAGUAUUCAGUGUGUCAACAGUCAUCCCAGCAUCUUCUGGAUAUCAGUGAGAGUGAAUGCAAGCAAUGCAUUUCUGAGGAGAAACAGUUGUACUGUAUUUGUACAAAUUGUAUGGUUAUUUAAGACAAUGCUACUGUCAAAAUAAAGGCAAAGGAAAAUAAAACUUA